AUGGAGCACGAAGCAAUAGCCAGCAGCAGUCGUGUACAACCCGCACUCUCGCCACCAUCCACUACCUCAACAAAACACAAACGUCGUCGUCGCAUCAAUGAUAUCGAAGGCUUGGCCCCGGGCACAUCCUGGACCCUCUCCUCCUACAAACCCGGCUCCGGCGUUCCCGAACUUCGCUCCCCCGACCUCACCAAACUUUGGCAAUCAGACGGCAACCAACCUCAUCUCAUAAACAUUCAAUUCUCCCGUAGAACAUGCGUCACCCACCUAUCUAUCUAUCUCGAUGUCAAACAGGACGACUCAUACACGCCGACACGAGUAGCAGUUAAGGCUGGGACGAACUAUCACGAUCUGACAAUGGUCAGACAGAGGACCUUUGACAGUCCGCAAGGAUGGAAACAUCUUAGUAUGACGCCUGGAGGUGCUGUUGAUUCGGUUGCGAGUGAGGAAGAUAAAGAGGCGGAUGGGGAAGGGGAGGGGGAGGAGGAGGAGGAUGAGGAGGAGGAUGGAGGUGUAGAGGGGGAAGAAGGGGAGGAUGCAGAAGGAGGGGAAGGCAUUAGAGUGUGGUUGGUACAAGUGUGUAUCCUGGCUAAUCAUAUGAAUGGUAAAGAUACGCAUAUUCGGCGGUUGAUCGUGUUUGGGCCUAAGAGAGAGGUUGGUGCGAUGGGAAAUGCGAGCAGUGGGGUCAAGAGAGGUCCUCUUACAGCAAUGGCAAAUGCGGUACCGACGAACAGGUCUCGCACAGCGCUGGAACCAGGAGCAAAUGGGGGCAAUGUCACACUAGCACAGCUGCUUUCGCUGCAAGAACAGGCUCAAAAUGGGACAGAGGGAGAUAAAGACGAGGAAGGUGAAGCUGCUUCGCCUCCACGUAGGUCAGGGCUCAGCUUGUUCGGUAACAUCCGCUAA